AUGAAGACCUCACACCUACACCUCCUACUCUACUAUCUUAUUCUUCUACAAUCUUUUGUUACAUCUCACAAGUUUUUGCUUUACAACCCAGUAAACUUGGGUGCAAGUCCAUCACAUCGACUAUUUAUCGACAAACUGGGGAACCUUUUAGUCGAUAAUGGUCACGAUGUUGUCAAUUACAUGCCUACACUGCUUGAACACGAUGAAGGAAAGAAUAAGCGAAAAGGAAGAUUACUUGAAUGGAAAGGAGAAAAGAUGUUAAUGGCCAAGGAUACGACGUUCAGCAAUGCUUGGCUUAAAGACGAUAGCUUUUGGGGCAUGUUCAAUAUUACGGUAAGGAAUGUAAUUAAAUACUAGUUAGUUAAGGUAAGGUAGAUUAACAUAGCCAACGCUUAUGCUAGACCCAGGCGAGAGCUAAGGGUAGGGAUAGAGCUAGAGCUAAAGGUAAGGCUAGAGCUAAAGCUAAGACGAGGGCUAAGAUACAGCAAUGUAAGGUAAGCUCAUUACACAUUUUCAAUUUCAGACCAUGUUAGCCUACUCAGACAAGUUCGGCCAGCUGUGCGACGCUCAAAUGGCCGACUCAAAGCUAAUGGAUCAACUAAAAUCCGAAAACUUUGAUCUAGGUUUAAGCGAGAACUUCGAUCCUUGUGGCUUUGCCAUUUUCAAACGGUUAGGUAUAAAAUACGCGCCAGUAUUCUCCACAACCCCAAGCAACUUUCAAUUCGAAAGUUGGUGUAUUCCUAGUCCACAAAGCUACGUUCCAGCUUGGAUUUGGCCUUAUGCUAAUCCAGCUAAUUUCAAAAAGAGGCUAUUGGCUGAACUGAGCGAGGUUUACUCUUAUAACUAUGCCAAGUAUAUUCACCAUAGCCGGAUUGUGGAUCGUCAAGGUUAUGGGGAUUAUUCGGUGGGUUGUUUGGCUUGUUUUUUUUUAAAUAUUUUUGAUUUUUAACUUCAUAAUUUUAUAGAUUUUUUAUUUUUUUGGUCUAUUUUAAUUAUUAUUCUCAUAACUAUAUUGCCAUUCUUUUUUCAGAGCAUUUUGGCCGAAAGCCAAGUGAUAUUCGUCAAUGCUGAUGAAUUUGUUGAUUUCACCCGCCCGAUCACGAAUAAGAUAAUUUAUAUUGGAGGUUUUGGCCUAGAGAAGGCUGAACAUGCUCCUGUUGAUCAGGUAAACUUAUCAAAAAAUUUGCGUUAAGCCUCAGCAUAUCAAGUCUAGACCUAAACCUAUUAAGCCCGAGCCUAUUGAGCUUAAACCUACUAAACCUAAGUUUAUGCCUAAAACCCUAAAAACAUUAUUUAAUAUUAUAUUAAAUUUAAUACCAUAUAUAAACUACACCCACAAUAUGUUUCAGGAAAUCAAAAAAGUUCUAGACAAUUCAAAGAAAACCGUACUAAUUUCAUUUGGAGCUCUGGUAAACAGUUCUGCGAUACCUUCAAAACCCAAAAAUUCGUUUUUAAAAGCGUUUAAACAUUUCCCUGAUGUCACUUUCAUCUGGAGGUAUCAAACGCCAAAUGAUGGAUUUGGAAAAGAGGUUAAGAAUCUGCAUCUGGGAAGUUGGCUACCUCAACAUCAGAUAUUGAGUAAGCACACGUUUUUAUAACUUAGGCCUAAGCCUACUGAGAACAAGUCUAAACACCUGAGCAUAAGAUUAUUAAGCCUGCCGAAACCUCCCAUUAUACUAAACCAAAUUCUUUUAUUUUAGGCCACAAAACCACAGUAGGCUUCGUAUCUCACUGUGGUAUGAACUCAAUGAGUGAGGCCAACUAUUUUGGUGUUCCUAUGAUUUGCGUGCCAUUCUUUGGUGAUCAACAUCGAAAUGUAAAAUCCCUGAUUCAAAGAGAAAUCGGGUUGGAAUUGUCGAAACAUUCAGUAAAUGAAGAGAAACUAGUCCAAGUUUUACAAAAACUUAUUGACAAUGACAGGUAAGUCUGUUAUCACAGUUAUCCUGCCCUACUUUAACCCUAACGGUACAGAUAGAGGUAAAUGUAGGAGUAAUAGAAUUAACUUUUCAUUCUUAACCAAUUCCAGCUACUACAAGAGCGCGAAAACCUUAUCAAAGUUGAUCAAAGCUAAGCCCCUGACUGCUACUGAUAGAUUCGUAAAAUACGCCGAAUUAGCGGCCGAAUUCGAUCUUCAUUCUUAUUGGGAUAUUCCUGGAAGAAACUUAAGUUCCAUACAGUACUAUAACUUGGAUGUAAAAGCAUUUUUACUACUACUAAUCACAUCAUUUGUCUUUACUUUCUACAAGAUUCUAAGCUUCUUAUUUGGCUUGUGUAGGCCUUCAAAGAAGGUCAAACAACAAUAA